UGGAUCAGGUUGAUUUUUAACCGACACAAAACUUCUUAACAUCGCUUCCGUCGCUGUGGAAUUCCUUGCAAUAAGACACUCGGUGUAAAUAUUGGUAGUCACGUGGUUUGAACACGGAGUCUUUUAAAGGAAGUGAAUAGAGACAAUUUACUGGAGUUGAAAAUUACAGCUCGAGGAUUCGUGAAGUGACAUCUAAUACGCACAGAGAAUUCUGAAGGAAGGCUAUUGCUUAGACGGUAAGACACAGAGGACGAACUGCCUUUGAAAUAUGGCACAACAGUUUGGGGCAUUCGUACUAUGUUUUAUACUUAUCAGUUUCAUAUUGGGAUCGAGUUGUGAAGAUGCUCAGGAUUCAGACAUUCUGAAACGAACAGAGCGUGAUACGCUAAUCAGCGAUCCAGAUGGAUAUUUAUCAGGACCUGAGCCCGGUAGCGUUGUCUUUAAAGAUGCAAACGAUGACAGUUUUACUGGGCAAGAAGCAGAAAAGAAAAGCUUUGAUUCAUUAGCAAGUAGUCUUGUGGGAAAACGUUAUGAUGGUAGAAAUUUCGAUACGUUGGCUAGUGGAUUAAUUGGGAAACGGUACGACGGGCGAGGCUUCGAUUCUCUUGCAAGUGAAUUAGUAGGGAAAAGAUACGAUGGUGGAACGUUUGACCAGCUUGCAAGUGGGCUUGUUGGGAAACGUUAUGGCGGAAAUUUCGACGAAUUGGCAAGUGGUUUAGUAGGCAAACGUCAUUUUGACACACUAGCAAGUGGUUUAGUUGGUAAAAGAUACGACGGUGGACAUUUUGAUACAUUAGCUAGUGGUUUAGUUGGAAAAAGAUAUGAUGGUGGCCAUUUUGAUUCACUGGCAAGUGGUUUAGUUGGAAAAAGAUAUGAUGGUGGCCAUUUUGAUUCACUGGCAAGUGGUUUAGUUGGCAAAAGAUAUGAUGGCAGACACUUUGAUUCUCUAGCUAGUGGGUUAGUUGGUAAAAGAUACGAUGGCCGAUAUUUUGAUUCGCUCGCAAGUGGUUUAGUUGGCAAGCGCUACGAUGGACGAUAUUUUGAUUCUCUAGCUAGUGGUUUAGUUGGCAAAAGACACAGAUAUUUUGAUUCUUUGGCUAGUGGUCUUGUAGGUAAACGAGAUAAUCCUGAUACGUCAAAACCUCACUGGGGACAAUUCUUGACAGAGAAACGAAACAGCUGGUAUGACAAAAGAUACAGAUAUUUUGACACGCUAGCAAGCAGUUUAGUUGGCAAAAGAAAUCAGGACACGGCAGCUAACGGGGAUAUGAAUGGUGAUAUUGAAAAACGACCAUAUUACAAAACUGAUAUAAUGUUGAAAAGACCGUUUGAUGAUCUUGCAAGCUCACUGAUAGGAAAAAGAUCAAAGGAAGUUGUGAGUUAGUGGCUAACUGCCUGCUGAAAAAUAAUCGAAAAAUUCAGUUAAAAGUAAUUUUACUGCUACUGAAAAUUACCAGAAGAGUGUAAACGGAAAAUGGUUAAAUUAUCAAACUUUCUAAAAUAAUUGGAAGUACAACUUCAACACCUUUGCAAAUAUUUUUCUCAAUUCAGUAGACCUUAUAAACCUUGCAUAAUGGACAAAGACUCAAAUAUAGUAAGGUACCUAAACAAGCCUAAAAUGAAUGGAAGGUUGAAUGGAAAGACACUUUUUUUCUCGAAAAGUUUGUUGUCAGAUUUAGAUGAUCUUAAUCUUAAAUUCACACAGGAAAUUGUUUGAAAAAAAAUGAAGAUAGGAAAAUUGUCUUUACUCCUGCCGGUCAUUAAUUUAAAUUACGUCACUGGCCGGCGGCUGUCAAUAUUUGCUUGUUUUCUAUCUAAUAUGUAAGAUAUCAAGUAUGCAUUAGAUAAUACUAUAACUGUACAAGCCCAAGAGCAUAACAUUUAACGAAUAACAGAGAAUGGUAUACAGAACCGCUUUAAACACGCAAAACAUUGUGACGUUCUGUCCAAAGUCACUGUAAAUGUUGAGAAAUAUAUUUUUUAUAACAAGUAAACUUAAAAGUGUUACGUAUAGUUUUUAAUCACUGAAGAGAAAAGGUUAUCGCCUAUAACACCAAGGAUCAUGGUGUUACAUGAAUUUAGUGCGAUGUAUCAUUCUUGACUGCACUGUCGGGCGCCAUUAAAAGAAUUUACUAUAUAAUAGUCUAUCAAAGAUUUCGACAAGGUGUGGAUGCAUGUUUUGAAGUUAGCCUGAAACAGCAUGUUUGUUUGGCAAUUUUAAACAGAAAACUAAAUAUCCUUUAGGAAAGCUGUUUAGACAGCUCCUUAACAUCAAUGUAAAUAUUGAUUUAUUCGUCUUCAAACAUUUUAAGUAGACAUUAUACAGUGCAUUAAAAUUCAUUUUGAUGAUAAAUAUUUGAUGCCAAUGAAAGACGACAGAACUUAUAUUAGGGAUUUCUGCUUUUAUUAAUCAAGAAUUGGUCAGAUACGAACGUUACGUAAAAACUAUACAUGAAAUAGGAGAAACAAAGCUACAUGUGCGAAUAGCGCGUUUUUAAAGCGGUUUCGUGUAUUAAGGUAGAUAAUGGAUUUGAGGUUAUAUGAUUUUCUGAGCAAGGAACGUAAGAACUACAUAACUAUAUUCAAAUAAAUUUUAAUAUGCUAAAUUCCAGUAUUUUUCUACAGAUAUAUAGAUAAAAACUCAAUAAAGACAUUUUCAAAAUGA